CAAGCUAUAAAGAGCAAACGAGAAUGCUAUAAAGAGUUGGAAAAAUGUAGAAGUGAUGAAAACUACGAGAAGUACAAGGAGGCUAAAAGGGAAGCAAAGAAGGUCGUAAGAGAGGCUAUAGCAAAGGUGAAUCAUGAUCUUUACCCAAGAUUGGAUACUAAAAAAGGGGAAAAGGACAUCUAUAGACUUGCUCGAAUGAGAGAUAGAAAGACGCUAGACAUCGGGAGGAUUAAAUGUGUGAAAGAUGUUGAUCAAAAAGUUUUGGUGGGAGAUAAGGAAAUCAAGGAUAGAUGGAGGUUCUUCUUUGAUAACUUGUUCAACGCAGAUCAAGGGUGCGAUAUUGGAGAUACAAAUAUCUCUUGGGAUAUGGUUAACCUAGCUUUAUGCGAAGAUUUCAAAAGAGAAGUUGAAAUGACAUUGAAAAAAAUGGGACGCAAGAGGGCAGUGGGGCCCGAUGGCAUACCUAUCGAAGUUUGGAGAUGCUUGGGAGAGAGAGGGGUUGUAUGGUUAAGAACUCUUUUCAACAAGAUUUGGGGAAGUAAUAGGAUGCCAGGAGAGUGGAGGAAAAGUAUUAUCAUCCCCCUGUACAAGAAUAAGGGUGAUGUCCAGGACUGUUCUGACUAUCGAGGAGAUCAAACUAAUGAGUCAUACUAUGAAACUUUGGGAGCGGAUUAUUGAGCAAAGAUUAAGGGAGAACUGUGAAGAUUUCGGAGAACCAGUUUGGAUUUAUGCCUGGGAGAUCAACUAUGGAGGCCAUCCAUCUUAUAAGGCAACUAACAGAGAAUUAUCGAGAUAAGAAGAAGGAUUUACAUAUGGUUUUCAUUGAUUUGGAGAAAGCGUAUGAUAAGGUACCGAGAGAAUUUUUUUGGUGGACAUUAAGUAGGAAAAGAAUUACGAGGAAGUAUAUAUUGAUAUCAUCAAGGACAUGUAUGAGGGAGUUAGCACGAGUGUGCGUACUAGUGUUAGUAAGACCGGAGAAUUCCCCAUUACGAUUGGAGUGCAUCAAGGUCUGCACUUAACCCGUUUCUUUUUGCUAUAGUCAUUGACGAACUGACGAGGUCAAUUCAAGAUGGUGUACCAUGGUGUAUGAUGUUUCCAGAUGAUAUUGUGUUGAUUAAUGAAACCAAAGGAGUGGAAAGUAAGCUGGAGUUAUGGAGACAAACUUUGGAAUCUCGGGGUUUUAGGCUGAGUAGAAACAAGACGGAAUAUAUGGAGUGUAAGUUUAGUGGAGUCCAAAACAGAGAGACAGGGGUGAUUACCUUAGAUGGGAAAAUUGUCUAAGGUUCUGAACUGUUCCGUUAUUUAUGGUAUAUUAUCCAAAAGGAUGGGGAGUUGGAUGGCGAUGUGGCUCAUAGAAUCAGAGCAGGUUGGUUAAAGUGGAAAAGUGCUACGGGGUUCCUAUGUAAUCCAGGCAUGCCCAAAGAUUGAAGGGAAAAUUCUACCGCACGACAAUUCGACCGGUGUUGUUAUACGGUACGGAAUGCUGGGCAGUGAAACAUUGUCACGUGCAAAAGAUGAAUGUGGCGGAUAUGCGCAUGUUACGUUGGAUGUGUGGGCAUACAAGAAAGAAUCGUUUGAGGAAUGAGAUUAUUAGGAAGAAAGUAGGGGUUGCACCAAUGAGUUUAAGAUGAUGGUAAAUCGCUUAAUAUGGUUUGGGCAAGUAAGCAGAAGAUCAAACGAUGCCCCGGUUAGGAGACUAGAAUGGUGGCAAAGUGAUAGAAUUGCAAGGGGUAGGGGAAGACCUAAGAAAACGUGGAGGAAGGUGAUUGAGCACGAUAUGAGCCUACAUGGGAUUGAGGAGAAUAUGGCGUUGGAUAUGACAGAAUGGAGGGAGAAAAUAUACGUUGAUGACUUCAUUUAACUUAUACAUCUUCCAUUUUGACUUUUUUUUUCUAUAUUAAGGGAUAAUAUGAAGCAAUACAUCCAAACAUGGCUGUAGGGUUUUAUUUUUAUUUUUUGAAAUGCUAUUUUGAAAUGUGCUUAUUUUACUUAUAUUUAUUUUAAACUUUAUUUAUUUUUAUUAUCCCUUAUGAUAUUUUUAUGUAAUAUAAUUUCACUUUCUUCCUCUUUAUUGUUUAUUCUUUUAACUUCCCGCUCCUUUCUGGUUUGAUUUGGUUACAAUGACGAUCUUGUAUGAUGAUUCAUGUUAGUCGACCCCAAAUCAUUUUGGGACUAAGGAUUUGUUGUUGUUGUUGUUGUUGUUGUAUUGCUAUGAAUUAGCAUAGAUAACAGACUACAAAUAAAGAGACUAAUGAAGAUUUGAUUAAUAAACUGGAAGUACCGGAAGUAACCGAUAUUCAAGCAUUCGAGAUGCUUGAUUUCUCUCCCAAUGAGCUCUUAAAAGCUCAACCAAAUUACUCCACAAUAUUCAGCAUAACAUUCCCUCUCUACAGCUGCAUAUAUAUAUAGUACUACCUCCCUGACUAACCCCUAACUUAUUCCCCAAUCUGCUUGUACUAACUUAUAUAGCUAUUUCCUAAAGUACCCCUCCAUAAUGUCAAUUCAUUGCAUAGAUGCACUUUGAGCUAACCAGGAGCUUGGCACUUGCUUGUCCUAAAAUGCUUGUAUUAUAUAUGAUCUUAAGAAGUGAUGGACACCUAUACAUGGAUUCCACUUGAAUAUAUAUCUAAAUGUGGCAAUAAGGGAACGUUCUCUUAACAGAAUGAAACUUGAACUUAACUGAACUUAUUGAAAUUGAGAUUCACCUGGUAGAACCUGACAUGACCUGAUUGGUCAUGAUCAAACUUUAUUAGAACUUAUUGGACUUGAUUAAACCUGAUUGCAAGAGAGUAAACUUAUAGGACUUAAUUGGAAUUUAUCAACCUGAUUAAUCCUGAUUGUAACUUAUCGGAACUUAUUGGACCAAAAACUUACUGCCUCCGUUUUUUAUUUAAAUGCAUAAUUUGCAUGAGCACGUAGUUUUAGGAAACCCUGCAAUUUUUUUGAUAAAUGGCGCAAGUGGGCAAGUGGAUAAUUUAUUUAUUAAAGAAAUUAACUAUGGGGACCAUGAUACUGAUAGGAUGUGAGAGAUGUUACCUUUUUAAUUAUUUAGGUGGGGACCAUGAGAGAGAAACAAUAAAAUAUUUUGAGAGGGAGUUAAUGAAAGAGAGAAAUAAUAUAAUAUGGUAGAAAGUUACCAAAUAUAGAAACAGAUGUAUUUCAAAGAAAAUAAAAACCACCCAUAAAAGACAAGUUAUGCAUUUCUUAGAAAAAACGGAGGGAGUGUUUUUUUUAAGGUAAGAGAACGCACCAAGGUGAAAGGCUCUUUGAAAAUCAAAUUCUUGAAUGGACUAUGGUUGAUUUAUUUUUAGACUCUAUAGGACAGCUUCUGCUUUCCACUCAAGCUGUUGUUGUCUUUCAGUUCAUUGAUGUUAUUGGUGAUUAUUUAUAACAUGGAAGCUGGUUAAUUAAUGACUGAGUUUAUCAUUGUGCUAUGUGAAUGAUGCUGAUGCUGUAUUCUUUCUCUUUCCAUAUUCUGUAGCAGAUAAGUGGUGCAUAUCUCAUAUUGAAUCUUAAUGCUGUUUAUUUUCCUAAUUUCUGUAUACUUUAUUU